AUGGCUUCCCACGAGCAGUCGUCUUCACAGCCCCAGGGUGGUGAAGUGCAUAGCCUCGCUGAUGCGAGGGGUGCAGAGAUUGGUUCACGCCAGUUGAGCGUUCCCGAAUCUGUCCUUGGGAGCACCGAUGGCGCGGACGUGUCUCACAGGAUUGUAGAGGUGGGAGGCGCGGACGGCGGCACGAUGGUCAUUAGGAGAGCUCGAGUUCGGGCGCAGCGCCCACAGAACUAUUUUGCUGCACCUGCUGCUAUAAAUGUGAUGGCCGUGCGAAGUAGAGCAAACUCAGUGGUGCCAAGCGCCGCGAACAGCCCUCGUGCGCAUUCGGCCGAACCCGUGGGCUCUUCCGACGACUUGGUUGGCCCUGGCGUGACUCCGUCGCCGCCGUCAGGCGAUGCUCCAGGCGCUUGCUCCGAAGCAUCUACAGCAGCAGUUCCAGCGCAGUCGCCGCCGGCGACACAGCAUGUUCAAUCGUCGAGGCCGGCGGUCUCUCAACUUAUGCGAGCUGAAUUUGCUCACGCCAAUGCAGUGAUGGAACGGCGGCGCGCGUCUCGAGCCCAGUCAAGGCAGGCGUCUCACGUUGCUUCCAGAGCGACUUCACCCCGCGGCAGCUUUGCGGAUCAUCUUUCGCCCAGCGCUUUCGAUCGAAGGCGCAUGGGUUUCCAGGAGCCCAGUGCCGCGGCGCAACGCUUGGAUCAAGACGCGGUCGAUUCCUCAGGGUUCAAAAGGGUUGGUGCCGCUGAAGCAGAAAGACCAUUUGAUGGGGCACCGGAGGGUAAAUCGGCUAACUCUCGGUCCUCGGUUGGCAAUGUACUGCUCAACCGAGGUACGCUAGGGACGAAAUCUAGUAGUACCAGCGUGGUAAGUGGGCGAGAGGAGAUGGGCGGCGAAUCACUCCCCAAGGAUAAAGGCGGGGACAUGGCGGGAAUGGAAGCGCCAGUCUUGGGAGGUGACCCGUCCAGCCUGGUAACUGCUGAACGGUCAGGCGGCACGCCCAGUAGCACGGCGGUUCUUCCCGUUACCGCGGUACCUCCCAGGACUGGCGAAAGAAGAGGGAGUGAGGGAGAGCAUCGGCUGGGAAAGAAGCACGCCGAGCAGGUCCAUCAGGGAGUGCUGGACAUGGUGAAGUUGGAGGAAGAGCGCCGGGUGUCCCGCAUAGCGUCCCGUAUAGCAUCUCGAGCUAUUUCCAGGAAUCCCGCCGAAAAAUCUGUCAGCUUCCUGCGAGAACGCACGGAUGUAACGCACGCAGCUGCUGAGGCACUUCGGCGCCACCUUGCAGCAGAGGGUUCGGACGCUGGCAAAGGCCCCGUCUCUGACACCGAAAGACCACAGCAAACCAAAGAGGCGUUUUCUGGAGGUCUCGUGCGCGGAGACGGAGAAGCAACUGUAGCGCCCCGGCGGGGCCCCGCAAUCCCUCAUGCACGUUGUUCGGAGGUGAGCAGUGUUAGGGGUCGCGCGAUUGAUGCUGCACUUGCCCAGCAAACAUAG